GGUUGCACUCUGCGUUGGUGUAAAUUGCAACGAGCGCUCUCUAGGAAACCGGCCGGUGCUGCGAGUGACUCCCAGCACUUCCAUGGGCGGGGGGUCGGCAUCGCGCCGCCUGCUGGCGAGGGUGGGUUCCAGAGGCACAGCGAGGUGCGGGCUUGUCCCGGCAGCCAGCGGAAUCCGCUGCCGUCCACUGUCGGCGGGGACGUUUCCGUUUCGGCAGCGGCGUCGGCCGUUGGCCCACGGGGAAGCGCUCUUGCUGUCUCGCACCAUUCCGACACCGGGGGACCGGACCAUCGGUGCGAGGCGGUGCCUGUCGUCACCGUCUUCUUCUCCGGGGCCGGAGCCACUCUCCUCCGGGAAGGAAGAACACGAUCGCCGGGUGGCCGCCGCCCAGGCUUCGGUCCUCGCUCGGCUGGAGAGACGGCGGAAGCGAAGCGCGCCGCCCUCGGAGAAAGAAGUGUCGGCAGCGGCAGCGGUCGAGAGGAAGAAACGGAGGGCUGUGUGGCGGGCCGUUGAACACUGGCUGUCCAGGGAUCCGGCCUUUUUUCUUUCCACGGUGGAAGCACUGGACCUGAAUUUCCGGCCCAAUCGCAGCAUCAAUGGCAAUAGAAACAAUGGCAACCACCACAGCCGCAAUCGUGACAGGAAUGGAAAGGACAGUAGUAGAAAAUCUGUUUUCGCGAUAAAUGGUCACAGUGACGGCGGCUCGCAUCCUCUCCAACCCGUAUGGGACCAAUACCAAAACAUUUAUCACGAGUCGAUACCCGAAUACAUCAAUAUUCAUCUCGAGGAAGAAAAGGAUCACCAAUGUAUGGAUGGCAAUGAUAGGAACACGACGCUACAACGCGACGAGGAAACGAAGAAAACCAUGCUGGAACUGUUGAAAACCGUGGGUUUUGGAGAUCCCAAGUGGAGACAACGAUUCCAACAGUUUCCGAGGCUCCAAGCACAACAAGAUCAGCUGGCACGAUCCAUCGAUGAGUACACUACCGAGCUGGAAGAACUCGGUAGAGCCAUGGCUAAGUUGCGAAAGAGCCUCGACUCUCUAGAAACCAAUUUGGCCACGAACAGAAUUCCAUCGUCGGAAGUGGCAUCACCAGCAACGAUGGCAACACUCAUAGAGACUCCCAUCAUGGACCCGAACACGGGCUUCCUUGCGGUGGAAAGCUCAAGCAGUGAACUGAAAAAUAUAUCAAAAGCCGAGAAACGAGAGAAACGGAGACAAAGAAAGGAUCGACUGCGAAGGAAUAAUACAAUGAAGAAGCUACGAACAAAAAGCGAACACUGGAUGCGCAAUAAUGCGGAUAGCCAACUAAACGAAACGAUGACUUCUGGUACGGCUCCUACGAAAGAAAGGACGUUAUUUCAGAGUGCAUGGGAGUCUAUUACAUCCUUAAUUUGGGGGGGCUCAGGGAUCCGAGUGUCGGAUAAACUCAUCGAGACCAAGGAAAGAGACACUAAAAACUUUGUAGAAGACCACCCGUUCGGUCUACCGAAACACACACAGCGCAAUAGUCUCUUGGCGAGCAACGAUGAUCACUCGAGCGAGUCUGCAGCGAAUGCCGCUGCCGGGGAAUUACAUUCGUUUGACGACAAAGCAGCCCAGAAACACCGUAGGCUUGUGCGACGCAUCGAACGACGCAUCGAUCGGAAACGCGAAGCCGUCGAGGAACUGCAAGAACAGAUCGACAGUGUGACCACCGAACUCCGCGAGGCCGAGGAGACCAUGGCUUGCUCGAAAUCCCCCCUCUCCCUAGAGGAAUACGAACGCGCCCGUUCAGCGGUGGACGAGGCCAAGGAUUCCAUUUGCCGCGAUUUCGCGAAGCACAUCGAAAAACGGCACGCCCAAUCGAUUCAGCACUACCAACUGCUCGAUGCCAAGACGGACCUGACGAAACCCCACGAGUGGUAUUCUUAUGCACGAUUGGACCGUCGCAAAAUUGUCUUUCACGGAGGGCCCACCAAUUCCGGCAAGACGUAUUCUGCGCUGGAGCGUCUGAAAGAGGCCAAGAAGGGCCUGUAUCUUGGUCCGCUACGGUUGCUGGCCGCCGAGAUCUACGAGACCCUGACCGCGGAGGGCUUGUACACCAACCUCUUUACAGGCCAGGAACGGCGGGAAAUCGCCUUUAGCACGCACACCGCCGCAACAGUCGAGAUGUGCAACGUCAACGAGGAGUACGAUGUGGUAGUCAUCGACGAGAUCCAGAUGAUUUCCGAUCCUACGCGCGGAUCCGCGUGGACCAAGGCGCUCCUUGGUUUGCGCUGCAAGGAGGUUCACGUGUGUGGCGGUUUGGAAGCCGCAGGCAUCGUCCAGAAGCUUGCGGAAGCCUGUGGCGACGACUUUGAGCUGCAUCGGUACCAGCGGUUUUCCGAUCUGAAGGUCUCGAAGAAAAGCCUCGGGAAGAACCCGACGAAAACGGGGAGCUACCGAAACGUUCAAAAAGGCGACUGCGUCGUGGCCUUUAGCCGGAACGAUAUUUUUGCGAUCAAGAGAGAGAUCGAGUCGCUGACGGACCACCGGUGCUGCGUCAUUUACGGAAAACUUCCCCCCCAGACCCGCGCCGACCAGGCGAGAAGGUUCAACGAUCCUGAUUCCGGCUACGACGUCCUCGUGGCCAGCGAUGCCAUCGGGAUGGGCCUCAACCUCAACAUCAAACGGAUCGUCUUCAACUCGAUCUUCAAGUUCAACGGAGAAAAAAUCGUUCGGCUCGGCCACUCGGACGUCAAGCAAAUCGCUGGGCGGGCCGGGCGCAGAAACUCGCCUUACCCAAACGGCGAGGUGACCUGCCGGGAUGUUCGCGACCUGGGAUACCUGCGCAAGUGUCUCUCCACCGAGAUCGAGCCCCUCCGCAAGGCCGCCCUCCUGCCUACCGAGUCCCACAUCGAACUCUUCGCCGAGGCCGUUUCCGCGGCUUCGGCCGGAGAGGAUCCCGGCGACCAAAACGCCACCGACCCAGCCAACCACCCCGAUCUGCACGAGAUUCUCCGGCAAUUUAGUGCCAUGGCGACUGUCAGGGGUGACUAUUUUCUGGGCCGCCAGACCGAGAUGGCCAUGAUCGCCAAGCGACUCAGGAACAUCCCCAUCCGGCUCCGUGACGCCUACGCCAUGUGCCUGAGCCCCACCACGGAAAGUUCCGCAAGGCUCCUGGAGAUGUUUGCCACAAAGGUGUCGCAGAACGAGGUGUUUGGUUUGCCCUCGCGAUCGGUGCCGAGAAAGGCCAGAUCGUUCGACGACCUGUCGUAUCUGUGCAACAUCUAUUCCGACGUGGACUUGUUCAUGUGGCUCCAGUACAAGUUUCCCCCCGGGAACGCCGUCGAGCUAGCCACCGCCAUGGCCAGGAAGGAGCGAACCAUGGAAUUUAUUAACGACGCGUUGUCAGCUACGGAACGGCUUCGGCUGGACCACUGUUAUCUGAAAACCGCCCAGAGGCACCGGAGUGUCUGGGAACAGCGAAGCGGGGGCAUUGGAAGCACAGCGAACACGGACGAAAGCGAUUCGGAUGGGGAAGACUACGACGAUGAUAUCGUGUUUGCCUUUGACUAUAGCUACGACGACAAUAUACGACGAAGAAUAGAUUGAAGCAUUAGGAGCAGGUUUUUAA